UACUGUCGUCAAUUUCUGCGGUAGGGUACGCUAACGAGUAAUGAUUGUUAUCAUUAAUUAUAAAUUUUAAAUUAAAAUAUCUAUAAAAAUUACAAUUAGUUUCAUUAAAAUAAUUGAAAAUUAUUUUUAAAAUUUUAGGCUAAUUUUGUUGGGCCCAAACUAAAGCCCAAUAAAUUCCAAGAAUCUGUAACAAACAGCCGUCGUGCUCCGCCAUCCGCCGCCUCCAAUGGCUGCACGACUCUCACCUCGAACCAUCGGAACCUUUCUCCGCCGCCACCUCACCACUACAAGCAUUCUUCAACACAGGUCUACUCCGCCGCUCUCAUCCGAUCCGACUCCUCCGCCGCCGCCCGAACUCCCAAAGCCUCGCACGCGAACUCCGCUCGAAAAACAAUUCGAGACAUGGAUCGAAAACCUAAAGCCCGGCUUCACUCAAUCCGACGUCGACGAAGCCCUCCGGUCUCAAUCCGAUCCCGACCUCGCCCUCGACAUCUUCCGGUGGACGGCUCAGCAGCGAAAUUACAAGCACGACAGUGUUACCUACCUCACGAUGAUCGAGAUUUCGGUUACUGGUAAGCGUUACCGUGCGGCAGAGACUUUAAUAGAAGAAGUCCUGGCCGGCGCCUGCCCCGCCGAUCUUCCGCUGUACAACGCGAUGAUCAAAUUCUGCUGCGGCCGUAAGUUCUUAUUCAAUCGCGCCUUUGAUAUUUAUAAGAAGAUGUUGAAAUCCGAGGGUGCAAAACCUAAUUUGGAAACGUACGCAUUGCUUCUGAAUUCACUGUUGAGGAAAUUCAAUAGAGUAAAUGUCUGCUAUGUAUACAUGCAUCCUGUUAGAUCACUAGCUAAGCAAAUGAAGGCAGCAGGUGUAAUUCCAGACACAUUUGUGCUGAACAUGAUCCUCAAAGCUUAUUCCAAAUGCCUCGAAAUGGACGAGGCGAUUCGUGUGUUUCGUGAGAUGGGAUUAUACAGUUGCGAGCCGAAUUCGUAUACCUACAGCUAUUUGAUGAGAGGAUUGUGCGAGAAGGGAAGAGUGAAUCAAGGAUUGGCUUUCUACAAAGAGAUGAGGAGCAAAGGCUUGGUGCCAAAGAGUAGUACUUAUAUGAUCUUGGUCUGCAGUUUGGCUAUGGAGAGGAGGUUCGAGGAAGCAAAUGAAAUCGUAUUCGACAUGUUGGGGAAUUCGGUGACCCCUGAUUUGUUGACAUACAAGACAUUAUUGGAAGAACUUUGUAGGGACGGGAGGGGAAAUGAUGCAUUCGAAAUUCUCGAAGAAUUCAGGAAGCGUGAUACAUUUAUGAAUGAGAAGACAUACAGCACGUUGUUGAAUACACUGCAUUUCCUGAGCCGGGAUAGCUAGCUGUUACGAUGUUUGACAUGGCAUUGAUACAAGAUAUUUGAGAAAACACCUCUGUAAAGAUUUGCUGAUUCGGGAGUGCUGUAUGAAGAGGUCGAAUUGAAAUUUGAUUGAGCCCGUGACCAAAGUUAUAUUUCACCAAGUUGGAGGGAUCACUCUGCUCUAUAACUUCGUUUAUCGUUUACAUCUGUAAGUCAUCUUCUUCAUCAGCCGAUGAUCUUUACACGCCUGAGUACUUAGAAUUA